CCUGAAGUUGUUGAAUUUAGGCAGAGGUUAGCAUGCUUUCUUUUGUUGAUGUUUAUGUUUAUUGUAUUUUUUUUUUUACUAGGAAUCUGGAGUAACAAUUACAAAUAUUUGCAUUAAUUUUCUUUUAGUAUGAUUGAGCAAGGUGGCAGUGGUACCCAGCCACUGUUUAUUGCAAAUGAGGGUAAGGUUCUCUCCUUGGAAGAUGACUUCAUGCGUCUAACUAGAAAGUGCACUAUUGAAGAGCUUCAAGAUAACAAUCAGGAGGGUUCUUUUAUCAUUUUUGGUGCAAUCCAAGGUAUUGUUGAGGAUGGAGGUUGGUGGUAUUCUGCUUGUGUGUGUGGAAAGGGUAUCUAUCCUCAAAAUGGUGCCUAUUACUGUGAUUUUUGUUUGAAGCACAUCACUAAUGUUACUCCAAGAUUUAAAAUUAAAGUGACAGUUGAAGAUCAUACUGGGGAGGGUAUUUUCCUUCUCUUUGAUCGUGAGGCUUCCUAUUUGCUUAAGAAAUCAUGUGCUGACUUGUUUACUGAGGAGCAUGACUUACACAAAUCUGUUCCUGCUGGAAAAGCUGAUGUUGGUAUUAAGAAGGAGUCUUCUGAUAGUUUUAUCAAAACUGAGAAAGAUGCUGGUGAUUGUGCUGGGAUGUUGUGUAAAUCCCCAGUUCUUAUAGAUUUUUUGGCUGAAAAACAGCCUGUUAUUUCUGUGGGGACUGAAUUUGUUGGCUUAAUUGAUGGUGAGCAUGGAAAGGAAGAGAAAACUCCCAGCAAUGAUACUCUUAGUGAUGAUCUUUCUGUUGAAAUCGAUAUAUUGCUUAGCUCAACGGAAAAAGAAACUCAGGAGCUGUUGUCCCAUGUUCUUGAAGCACCUUCCCAAAAUGGAGAGAAGCUUACCCAUGAAAAUCAUGUUGUCACCUCCAAGAGUAAGAGAAAUUUGAAUCCUCAGUUUGAAGAGGUUGCUGUUGAUGCAGAUGGGCGUGGGUUGAAGGUUGCUAAGGUUAAUGGAGUUUGA